AUGGCCCGAGUAUCGAGGAAAGCUGUUUCAGUUCUUGCCAGACAUGCGCCAAGCAGGGCCAUCAGGAGGAACACCCGAAAGCAUAAAGUGAUUCUGGAGUCUAUCACGCAAGAGAAGAAGAAGCUUCGCAGUGUUAUAUCAUUUGAAGCAAAAGCGCCCCCUGGCUACACCUUCAUCCCUGCUGGUAAUCCUCAGCUUACAACAGCUUGUAAGGAAUUGUGUCGGAAAGAUGGUUGGAAGGUGUUUGCAGUCACGACAACACCACAUAUGCACACCCACAACCUCUCACAACAUGUCCAUCGAAUUGGGUACCACUUUCCAAGCACUGCCGUUGCCACAGUGUGUAUGGACAUGGGUCUUUAUCUCACUGCAGCAGGAAAAGCGGUGCCAUUCCAAAGUGUUGGCAGUAUAGCCAGCCGCAGGCGUGCUAAUUCGGAAGUUUCCCAGACUACCAUCAAUACAGAAGCAAGAGACGUUCUGAAAGAUCUUUUCCCUAACAUGCCAGAUAAUGAUUUGAAUCAAAUCAUCAAGACUGCUUUCCAAAAGGGCCAGCGAAAAGUAGGCACGGCAGUUGAGCUGCCUCUAGCUCGUCGGGCCCAGUUAGCGGUGGUAGCCCAUAUUCGCCAUAUCUACACGGACUACGAUCGUCUUCUGAAGGCGACAUCAUUCCACGAGGCUAGAAGCCUAGUCGAGGAGCCUACUCUAGCAAAGUUGGUGGAAUGGAGAGGAGACGAUGAAAAUGGAAGGACGGUCUUGGAAGACGUAUUCCGUGAGGUCAUUGUCAUAUCCGAUGAUGAAGAAGAUAGUGAUACCGAGGGAGAGGCCCCCGCCUCAGUCGACCGAGACCGCAGUGUAAUGGUGGUCUCCAGCAACCCUCGGGCUGACGAGUUGCAAACAAAGCAGCUCAAUUAUGCUAACCCUAUUCUUCGUGAGGUCCAAUCAGAUAUAUCAGAUGAUGAAGCUCCACCGGGCUUUCGUUUCAUCCCAGAAGCGCCCCGGACGAACAAAAUUGACCGCCGUGGUUUCAGCAGAUACCAAGCUUGGGAUCGUGCGAUCAAUCGAUAUAGACAUAUGGCAAAUGAGGCUGACCAACGCAGAUUACACGAUGGGUCUACUGAUAGCCGGAGGCCAGUAGUUACUCGGCAGCCGUUGCAGGAAAACGUUGGGCAAGAAGGACCCGCCUUAUACCCUGCCAUAGACCAUCCUUGUGUUUCACUUGCACCCCUGGCUGCGUCUAAUACAGGCCCUUUUGGCGCUGGAGCAGGUAGACCCAUUCUAACUUCUGUAGUGGAUCGUCAUUCAUACGAAUUAAAUCGGGGGGCUGAAUUGUCUAUUGACAGGAGAGAUAUUCUUCUGUCAAAUGUGAUCCCCUUGGACCGAACACAAGCUGCUCCACCAAAGAGGCGUACAUUCCAGCGAGAUGACUCGCCCAAUGCUCCUGUGUUCGUUAGUGGCCCUAGAGAAGUUUAUGAAAUGACCCAGACUGGAGACCCAACUUUACCUUUGGCCCCAUCACAACACAGAAGCACUGUGCAGUCACAGGAUCAUGCAUUUCCCUCUAUUGAGGCACCUUUGCCCGUGGAAAUCCGGCGCUCCGACAGUGGUCAAUUGGAUCAUCUUACCAAAAGGAUGUCUGGGACGUUCUCCAUCCGUUCAGUGACGCCCCAUCAUCUAGCUCACCGGGAGGCGUCGCAUCAAGAUUUGCAAAAGUCGGCUCGAGAUCAAGCUGCCAAACGGAGGCGUACGGCUCAUUAUGAACCUGUUGGAGCAGAUUACACCUACUCCAAGGAUAAUUCUGCCAGCACUGUUGUUCCUCACAGAGCUGGCUGGUUUCACAAUGCUGCUGGAUAUGUUCCAUGGGGCAGUUCUUCGGCCUUGGAUGAAACCUAUGUCCGUAGGGGGUACGUUGCGCCAUUUGGGGCCUUAAAUACCCCUGAGAAUCAUCCAGGACGGUCCCAGUCCUCUGCUGUUACCGCAAAUAUUGGCUUGAAUACCGAGGCAGCACAGCAUCAAGUGCCGGUAAAGAAGUUGGACAACCAAACAUCUCACUUACUCUCUUCUGAAUUUCCCGCCCGCCGCUGGUCUCCAGGGCAGCCUCACAUCUUUCCAGGCAAUAGGUAUGCCAUUUAUAAGGAUAAUGCUUCCGAAAGGCUUGUUCCUGUACGGCACUCCGCCUUGGAAGAACGGCGUGUCUAUCGUGAAAUUCCCGGAUACAAUAUUCGAAAUUUGAGGCCGGUUCAGGGUCCAGAGUCACAAGAGUCCAUAUGGAGUAGCAGGAUUUAUGGUCGCACCCCUGCUUCACACGCGCGGUCUCCGAAAAGACAUUAUGCAGAAGACUUUGUUCGUGCUGUUGAUUAUGAUGAUCGAAUCCCACUGGAAUAUACAGCGCAGCAUCAGCUUCAGACGCCAAACCGUUCUAUGGGAACCCGCCCUCAACCAGUUGGGGUUACCGUGCAAACCGAGUCCUAUCAGUGUAACAUAUCUGGUAGUAUGGAAUCAAGACCAUCUGGCCCUGUUUGUCUAGAUUCGCGGGCGGAAAUUACUGCCCAGGAUUUUGCAGCGGCAUUAGAUCAGAGUCAAGGAUAUCAGACUGUCAGAGAGAUCAACCCAUCUUCUACAGCCCAGUAUUACGAUAGAUAUGGCGGAGGCACCAUGGACUUUUCAUGGCAAGCCUCUGAGUGUCAACAACAAGGAUCGGGGACAGGGGAUCAAUGUUAUCCCACAUAUGUCAGACAAGUGAAUCGGACACAGUAUUCAGUUCCUGAGGGUCGGGCUGUUGUCAUUGUUGACUGAAGUC